GCUGAGCGGAACAGGAUGCAGGCGAUCAAUGUGGUCGUGGGAGAUGGAGCUGUGGGUAAAACAUGUCUCCUCAUCAGCUACACAACCAAUGCCUUCCCAGGGGAGUACAUUCCUACUGUGUUUGACAACUACUCAGCUAAUGUGAUGGUGGACAGCAAGCCGGUCAAUCUGGGCCUGUGGGACACAGCUGGACAGGAGGACUACGACAGGCUCCGCCCACUGUCCUACCCACAGACGGAUGUCUUCUUGAUCUGUUUCUCCAUGGUGAGCCCGGCGUCCUACGAGAACGUCAGAGCCAAAUGGUACCCGGAGGUCCGCCACCACUGCCCCUCCACUCCCAUCAUCCUGGUGGGCACCAAGCUGGAUCUGAGGGACGACAAGGACACCAUAGAGAAGCUGAAGGAGAAGAAGCUGGCGCCCAUCACCUACCCGCAGGGCCUCGCUCUGGCCAAGGAGAUCGAUUCGGUGAAGUACCUGGAGUGCUCGGCCCUGACCCAGCGCGGUCUGAAGACCGUGUUCGACGAGGCCAUCCGAGCCGUGCUCUGCCCUCAGCCCACCAAGGUGAAGAAGAAGAUCUGCACUCUGCUGUAGCUGAACCACAGAAGAAGAGAAGAAGGCUUUCGGACCCCAGCUAGAAGAAGAGGAGUUCAACACUGUAUUAUGUUGCCAUGGAAACAUUAAUCUGUGUCUCAUCUCAACAUUUUAAAAGCUGUACUUUGGCAUUCAUGUUUUCAUCGCAGCGCACGCAGAGGGAUUCAGGGAGAACCACAACAAGCAACAUUAAAUCUGCACUUUUAGGUAUUUUUAGGAAACGGCUGAGUCAAAGAGGCACGUUGCAGAUUUUAUUGAAAAUCACAUUAAAGCUUGAUGCUAAAUCCUAGAUAGAAACGGUGAUGCUGUAUUUCACGUAUUUCAGCUCAGGUCUCAGUAUUUUGCCCGCUACUCUUAAGAAAUGUGAUUUAAAAAAAAAAAAAAAAAAGCCUACAUGUAGCUCCAGCAGGUUCCUGCCUUUAAGGCAGUCAUGUGGCUGCAGUAAAACAAAGAACAACACAUUACUGUGCAGAUAAACUUUUGUUUUAAUUAUUAAUUCAUAUAGUUCAUUUUCAGCAGGUUCGUCUGCAUCCAUUCCAGUCGGAUUUCAUCCAUAAAGCUGUGCCUUGUCGUACAAUCUCUCAGGGAAAUCUUCACGCUUUCCAGCAAGCAAAAUAUAAAUUAAACCAAACAAACAGUGUUUUUUUUUUUUAAUCCAGUCACCGAAUUGAAAGGCAUGACCUUGUUAGAAUCAAUAAGCUGUAAACAUUUAAACGGUUUCAAGCAGUUUCAAGCCUUGACUUUGACCUGGAGGCUUAAAAAAAAAGUAGAGAGUCAUCAAACAUUUCUACUGAAUGGAGAGAUUCAGAGUCUAAUUCAACCAUCUGGCACAAAACAACACAUAAAAGGAGCAAUUAGCCCUCGGACAUGAGAUUUUAAAAAAGUCUUUUUGGGUUUAUGGGGUUUUUAAGAACAUUUAAGAUGCUUUCUUUUGCAAAGGCUGACUAAUCCAGGCAACUGUAUCUUUAUCAAGUGCACCCACAUGUUUCCAUGUGUUGUAUUAAGCUUUAAAACCCAUAGCUUUUGUUACGGUUAGAUUUAGGACUCCUUUCUAAAGAUUUAUGAUCAAUGACAGAACAAAGCGGCUCUGCUGGUUUUAUGUGAGCGUGGAACGAACAGGAAUGUUUGAAUAAAGUGUAUUAUUUGUUUGAUAUUGAAUAAAAA